AUGUCAAGUUUAAAUGAGAGUUAUGAGGCAUUCAGGAGGCAGGUUGCCUCCCAACCUGUUUAUGCUCCUCCUAAUACAUCAAAAAACGCAACAGCCUCUUUAAAUUCUCAAUCUAGCUCGAGAGUCGCCGAUGCACAUCCCAAAAAAAAGGCAAAGAAAGCUGUUUACCCGCAGUCGAGUGAUGCGGGAACAGUUUUCAAACAUACAUUGAGUCAGCUUCAUAACGUGAUUAGAUUUCUCAAGGAAAAAAUAGAUUCGCCACAAACCGCAGAGGAUCUUAAGAGGGAGAACAUAGCAGAUAUCACUAGUAAUAGUAAAUUGUAUGAGUUAAUGAUCAAAAAUCCAAAAAUUGUAUACAACCCCGAGGAUAGAACAUUCCAAUAUAAGCCAGUUUAUCCUAUUCGAUCAAAAGAAGACUUGUUGAACCUGCUAAAAGAAAGGAAGGAUAAAGUUGGUGUUCCUCGUGGGAUGUCGUUCAAAGAAUUGGACGAUUGUACUGAUUUAACAAAAGUUAUAGAGGAGUUAGAAAGUGAAGGAAAGAUUAUGGUUAUACGUCUUAUGAAAGAUAAUUCUCCGCGAUUAUUGUAUUGGAAUGAUCAACGGUAUAACACUCCCAUGGAUAAAGAGUUUGUGGAUAUGUUUAACAGCGUAAAAGUUCCGGAUGAGAGUGAUUUAAAGAAAUCACUUGAAGCUGAUCCGACCUUUACUUGGGAUUUCACAUCAAUCGAGGACAAUAUAGAAGCCCAGAAACUUCUAGUUGCCGCCAUAACCCGAAACGAUCAAUACAGAUUCGAUGACGAUCAGAAACGAAAGUUAGAGAUGUUGGAGGACAUCGUUCAACAAACUCCCUCUAAAGCUAAUCACAAUCUUAAUAUUGCUUCGGUUCCUCAUCCCGAAUUAUCGGCUGAAAACGAAGGUGUUCAACCGAUUUCAGGGAACGAACAAUCAGAUCCGCCCGUUGAGCCACAAAAAAAAAAGCCGGGAAGAAAACCAUUGACCAACACACCCAGUUCUAAACGCAAAGCUCAAAAUCGAGCAGCUCAACGUGCAUUUCGGGAACGCAAGGAACGUUAUGUCAAGGAACUUGAGAGUAAAAUUGAAGAACUUGAAUCCCUUUCUGCAAAAAGUGUUCAGGAAAAUCAACAAUUAAAGAAGCUUGUUGAAAAGUUACAAGAUGAGAAUUUUCUACUUAAACAAACCAGUUUUAAUUUUGAAUUUACUCCCGAUGAAGCAACAACUGCACUCGAUAAAGAUAUCACAGAUCUCGUGUCACCUCAUGCUAAUUUAUCCCCAAAUCCCGCGGAAAAUCCUCUCAAUCCUUAUACUCCUCCAUCCUCAAAUGCAAGCGAUGACGAGCCAAGCACACCAAACUCGGCUCUUGCUGGGGAAUCCGAUAAGACCAAGGAUGCGUCUAACCCAUCAUCAAAAAGUUCGCCACAAAUAUUACCAUUAACGUCUAGUAGUCACAAUUCAUCUGCUGCAUCUUCAUCAGUACAAUUACCUUCGUCUAAGCCCAAGAGUGCCGAAGAGUUCUGUGAGAAAUUGACUGAUAGAGGGUGUGAGGAUGGUAGCAAGGGUGAAUCCUCGAGUAGAUUAUCUUCAGCGUUCACCGAAUAUCGGGACCCAACUCCCUUCAUCCAAAAUAUUGACAAUCCAUUCUCAGAGUCAACUCCUUUGCCUCCGCUAUUUGACGAAAACUUUCAAGAAUUUGGCGGUUUUACGUCAAUCACAGCCUCGAUUGAUGAAAAUAAGCAUUCUUAUGUUGUUUCAUUGGAUGACAAAAGCAAAAAGUUCUUACCAUGUACCAAGGUAUGGGAAAGAAUUCAACAACAUCCGAAGUUUGAUGACCUGGAGGGAGAUGAAAUCGAUCAACUUUGUGCCGAGUUAAAAUCAAAAGCAAGAUGUUCUGGGAAUGGGCCCGUUGUUCCGGAAGAAGAAUUGGAAGCCGUUCUAGUUAAAUUAGAAGAGAAAUGA